CUCUUGAGAAACUCCUAUCUUGAAGACACAAGAUAAACAAAAGGGAGCUGAAUUGUCAGUUACCUCAGAGCAUUUUCUGUCAACAAAACCCAACAUUAUUUACUCCUACCCAACGACAACACAACAUGUUACCAUCUUUAUACCAAGUACAAAAUUGAUAUUAUAUUUCCUAGCUAGAAAUUAAUUAAGGUGGAAGAACAAUAAUAACAGUACAAUACAAAACAAUGGAGGUUGGAGUUGGGCUUGAGAGAGUUGUAGGAAGAUCAUCAACAAGUGAGAGAUUUGAAAUUAGUCCCGCGAAAUUAGCAUCAAAUCUCAAAAUUAGUCGUCAUAAUAGACAUGAACAACAACAUCAGCAGCAGCAGCAGCAGCAGCAGCAACAACAACAUCACCCAGUAAACAGGUCAUUGAAGAUGUUCAACAAGGUUCAAGUUGUGUAUUAUCUCACUCGAAAUGGCCACCUUGAACAUCCUCAUUUUAUCGAGGUUCCCCACUUGGCCACACAACCUCUUCGCCUCAAAGAUGUGGUAGACAGACUAACGUUACUCAGAGGGAAAGCUAUGCCUUGUCAAUAUUCAUGGUCAUGUAAAAGGAGCUAUAAGAAUGGAUAUGUAUGGAAUGACUUGACGGAGAAUGACGUCAUUUAUGCCACCGAAGGAUCCGAAUAUGUGCUCAAAGGCUCUGAACUCGUACAAGAUAGGGAUCACUAUUCUGAGAAUAGAAUUGAAGAGGCUCAAAUCAAAAGGAGGCAGCAAAGGCAACCCUGUCAAACUAAAACAAAUCAACUGGUGAUAAACAAAUCAAUUGGCAUACAUGAAGGACAAAAAGCUGUUAACAAGUAUGAACAAACUGAGAAUCACAACAACGAUGAUGAAGAAGAAGAAGAUGAAGAAGACGAAGAAAAGGGAAGCUGCAAUAGUUCAAAUGCGCCAUACCCAGCAAUGCAAAUGGAGCAAGAAGAGUCCUACUCCCUCCCUUCCACCUCUUCCACAAACUCAGACAAACAGCCAACACAAGUGGCAAAUAUACCUGCCUCCAAAGAAGUUUCUAGAAGUAUUGAGGAGGAUGGGGACCCAGUUGUUUCCACAAGCUUAGCUCGCAACAGCACAGUCCUCCUCCAACUGAUUGCAUGUGGAGGAGGUGGGACUGUUGGUCCCCAGAGUAAGAUGAAAAUCAAGGCCAAAGACAAAAACAAAGACAAAGAAAAAGCUAAUAACUUCAACUUCAGCAUGAAGAAUACUUUUAUCCCAUGCUUGAAACACCAACUGAGUACAAGAAAUAAUGCGAUUCCUCAACGUGUUAAACCAGUAGAACGACAACCACCCUGCAGCAACUACUGCAAGGCAGGGGAUCAUGAUCAUGAUGAUCGAGUAGUAGUGAGUAAGGAAUAUGAAGAUGAAGAUAUGAUGAUGGUAAGGUACAUGUCUGAGAAUCCUCGGUUUGGUAAUUUGCAAUCACAAGAUAAGGAAUACUUCAGUGGAACUAUAGUUGAGGCUAUGAGUACUCAUCAUCUGCACACUCAUUCCUCAUCCUCCUGCAGUAGUCAUCUUCACCCUCCUGUGUUUACCAAGUCUUCCUCCUAUAAUGAGCAAAGGAGCUCCAAGGCUGGGCUACAAGCAGAAGCAGAAGCAGCAUCAAGUGUAGUGGACAUGGAUGAUGAGAAAGAAGACGCCAAAGUGAAAGGGAUUAUCAAGUUAUGUAUGCCUCGAAAGAAAAGCUUUUCUUCCACUUCCACCAAACAUAGCUAAUAAGUUAUGAUCGAUGAGCUUAGAAAUCUCCCCCUCCCUUGUCCAACGUUAGUCCCUUAAGACAGUGUUGCAGCCUAGCAGGUUGAAGUAUACUAAAAGCAUUGUUUUACUCUAUAAUAGAGUGAUAGAUUUUUCUACACUUAAAUGAAAAUUGUUGGUUAGUGGGAUUAA